AUGCAGGCCGCCAACAAGGCCGUCCUUGAGGCGGAGGAUAUCGUUGCCGGUCACUACCGACGCUUCUUGAAUGCACUUACAGUGUUCCGCUUGUGCUUGGCCGCGCAGAAGAAGAAAGCAGAAAAGGCUGCUGCCAAAGAAGGUGGCACCGAUGCAGAGAAUACCGAGUCCUGGGACGCCGAAGCGUGGGAAGCCUGGGAAUCCGAAGGGUCGCGAUCGGCCAAACGAGCCCGCCACACCUAA